GAUUCAUUGAUUACCUUUGAUGUUUGUUGGUUCUCACGUUCUCUGCGUAAUUAGUUAGUGUUAAUUGAUUGUUCUUUUAUUGUUGUGUGUUUGUUGGUUGUGUUUGUAGACUGUGUAGACUCUGUGCAUUAUGUCACAUGGAACAUCGUUUGAUAAAAAUGACUCUCGAAUUUUUCUAAUGGUGAGGCGGAAAAAGACAACAAUUUUUCUUGAUGCAGUGGAAACAACAACAAUCUUGCAAAUCAAGAAGAUGAUUUCUGGAAUCACUCAGGUCGCUGUCACCGAUCAACGUCUUUUCCAUGCGGAUGAAAUUCUGGAUGAUGAUCGUUGUUUAAGUGAUUAUUUCAUCAACAACACCACAGCCAAGGCUCAGGCACCUGCGGUCAUUGGUCUUGCCUUUAGAGACUUGAAUUCAUCUGAACCCAAUUGUUUCGAGAAAUUGGAGAUGACACCGCUUUCUACUCCUCCAGAACUUCCUGAUGUCAUGAAAUCUCCUGAUGCACCAUCUUCACUACCCAUUGAACAACAAUAAUAACAACAAAUACCCAAUGAUGAUGAUGAUUUACUGUUAAAAUCCAAGUGUAUCAAUGUAAUAAUAACAAUAAUGCUAAUAAUAAGUUAAAUUUAAACCAAACCAAUUUAACCUUUGGUUCACAGUAACAACUACCUGUUCACUUUCAAUUACACAAAUUGUUAGUUCAAGAACUACAAGAAUCAACAAUGAUCAACAUUCAACAUUCAUAAGUUCUAAUAGCUUAAUUUUUUAAUCUAUUCAAACGUAAACACUGAUCUCUGUUUUAUUUCAAUCUAAGCUUUUGUUUUCUAUUGUGUUUCCAUCACCACCUCAGACCAACAAACUAAUAAUCUCUAAUCGUUAACAAUAAGUGAUCCUUUUGAUCUGACUAAUUAACAUCUCAAAGUAAUUAGUUAAUAAGCUUCAGUUUCAGUUGUCAACAAAAGCUUCAUCUCAUUUUAUCAAUUUCAAUGAUUGAUUUGCCCGAUAAGUUAAAAGAGUUGAUUUUGUUGUAAAUCAAUUUUGUCUUAUUCCAACUAAUUGGCAGAAUUUCUAAUUAUUUUUGACAAUAUUCUGUUACCGAUUUAAAUUUAUUCACAACAAUAAUAAAAAGACAAUUUGAUUAUUUCGAUCGA